CUUAGUCACUUAACAAAGAUGGUGUCCAAGACUACAUCGACGUUAAAGGAAUGAUUCCGAAUCGAUUACUGAUCGGAAUAUCCCGAACUGAAAUCGAGACUGGUUCAUAAUGGCGGACAUUGAUUGUAAACGUCCGAAAAGAGUACAUAUUUGGAUAAAAAUGUAAAUUUUGAAACAAGAGGUUAAUCAAUCUGUGAUGGCGACCGGAGGUGGGACGAUUGCACCACAAAGACCAAAGAAAGACACAAAAAUGGACGAUACAAACUCGUUUAAGAUAACAGGAAAGGGAUAUAGUACAGACAGACAGACAGAUCAGGGUGCUAGUAAUUUGUCAUCACCUAAGUCUUCGUCAAGGCCGUUAUCAGGGACCACAAGUAAUUCCGAAGACAUUGGAGAACUUGGCGAGCCAAUAGGUAGUUUUCAGUUACCAACAGAAGCUAUGGAACUGCUACAAAAUGUGAUGCAAGUCAACAAAGACCUCGAGGAGCAAGUAGUUGCUUUGAGAUUAAGAAUAGACGUUGAACAAAAAAACCAAGAGACAGAAAAAAAGAAAGUUGUUCACGAAAAAGAUCGAGCUCUUAAAGUGAAAGAUCAUGAAAUAAAUGAAUUAACGGAAUCAAUUUCUGUUCGAGAUUAUAGGAUUAAACAUUUGAAUAAAGAAAAAGAAGAGCAGAGUCAACAGUUAUUAGAGAAAAUUGACGAAAUCACUGAAUUGAAAUCGCUCGUAGAACAAACCGAAGACUACGCGAAAGAUUUAAAUAGAAAAGUCUCAAAACUUAGGGAAGAAAAAAGACAUCUUGAAUCAGACACGUUGUACAAAUCUCAGAGUGAAGAAAUAAAGAAGCUAAAACAUGAACUUCAUUCUGUAAAAGACAAACUAGCUUCCAUGCAAAAUGAAUUGACUCGUGCUAGACAUAUCAUAGAACAACAAAACAUGAAAAUUAAAAAUCUUGAAUAUGAAAAGGGAGAAAUGAACUCACGGUUUCGAGACGACUUAGAAAAGGCUUCACGUGCUAUGCGUCAAGAAGUAGAACGAAUGAGAGAGGUUAUGAAACAACAAUACGAAGAGAUGAAAAACUUGAGAGCUCAGAAUUACGAAAUAUCUAGCGAUGUACGGGACAUAAAAGACAUCUUGCUUAACUCCAGGGAUAGUACAACAAAACGAGAGUCGUUAGACAUUAACCGGUUGCCCAUGGCACCAAGAAGUCCGAAGCCCGCAGUUCGUUCUUCUAUGCCUAAUAUGAAAAUAAACAAAGGUGCUAGUAAAAACUUAAGUAAUUUGCCUCCGUUAGAAAAAGAACAAACUGCUGGUUCAAAAUGGAUUCCAGCAGGUGCGAGACGUUCUAUGAAUAUGUCUGCUAAGCUCAAACGACCAGACAAGUGAUGUUUCUUAGUUAUUUUAUUGUGCCAAUUCUUGUGUUCAUACAUGAGGAACCUAUCUUAAUUUAUGUUCCUAACAUAGUUAUACAUUGUUGUAUUUGUUCCGUUUGCAUUGUUUAUCAAAGGUGCAAUUGCCAUUACAAACUUCAUUUUUUACAAAACUUUUUAUCAGUAGUUCUGCGCUGCCUUUACUUAAAACUCGUUUUCAGUUCUCAAGGCAAAAAUAGACUGCUUUUCGCGUAUCGGAUACGAGUGGACUGAAUUUGCCACGAUUACGAAAAAAUAUUUUAAUUUACAUAGUCGUAUUUCAUUUAAAUUUACAUUAAAAAUUACGUUGUUAGAAGAUUGUGGGAAGAUUUUCCUAGCUUCUCGUUAAGUGUAAUUUCGAAAGGUUUCGUGAAAAUAAAAUAAAAGCAUUUGACCAUACAAAUUGGUUUGACAAGUACUUGGUAAAGGAGAAAACAGAAAUGAUAUAUUCUUUUAGAUUAGACUGAAUUAAGAUGAAUGUUUCAGUCGACAAAAGUUUUAUAAAUGUUUAUCCACUUGUAGAGUUAAUAAUUCAAUGUCUGUGAUAGAAAGAGUGUGAUAUUGAUAAUGCUGUGAUAAUGCUAUUGCUUCAUUUCAGAAUCUUAAUAUAAAUUUAUAAACAUUUUA